AUGCCAACAGUGGCAGGAUCUGUAAUACUGACGGCAGAAUACCAUAAUAACCAGGCUCCUGGAGCUCCUAGGCUACUGGGCUCCGAAGCUCCUAGGUUCUUGGGCCCUGGAGCUCCUAGGCUACUGGGCCCUGGAGCUCCUAGGCUACUGGGCCCUGGAGCUCCUAGGCUCCUGGGCCCUGGAGCUCCUAGACUCCUGGGCCCUGGAGCUCCUAGGCUCCUGGGCCCUGGAGCUCCUAGCUGGGCAUCUGGAGUCAAAACUUCUUCAGCUGGGCAUCUGGAGUCAAAACUUCUUCAGCUGGGCAUCUGGAGUCAAAACUUCUUCAGCUGGGCAUCUGGAGUCAAAACUUCUUCAGCUGGGCAUCUGGAGUCAAAACUUCUUCAGCUGGGCAUCUGGAGUCAAAACUUCUUAAGAGUCAACAGUGCUGUGCUGAGACUUCUUAAGCUCAUGUCCGAGCGUCUCCUGUUUCAUUGUUUUGGUCGUGUUGAGGGACGUCUCGAGAAGGUCCCGCGAUGUGAACAUGGUCUGUUGAAGCUGUUGUUAUCAAUAAAAACCAUCAUGGAAGGGAAAGGAAACCGUCAAAAUUUCCUGGACCUGCCAGAGAUAGUUGUGGAAAAGAUACUCGGGUAUAUCAGCUACGAAGAGUUGUCUCACCUACGGAUAGUAUGUAGAAGAUUUAACCAGCUAAAUCAGCUUCUUCUCAACAAAGGUUUUCGAAGAGUUGAGAGAUACCAAGCCAAGUGCCUUAAAGAGGUAAAGAGCCAGUUGCCUCGCCGAGAGUCAGAACGUCGAAACCAUCCUCUGUUCCGCCACUGUGACAUUUUGACAGCUAUCGAGACGAGGUUGUCAUUGCUAAAUAUGACCUUCAUUAAAUAUGUUGACUGCCACAUGUGCUGCUUCAUCCCUGGAAAGGUUAUUGAUGAAAUCUACCGUGUUUUACGGUUCGUCCAGUCUAAUAAGACAUUACCACGGGCUCAUGAAAUUCUAACAGAACUUAGAGAUAUAUCUAGCAUGGCGAUGGAGCAUUUUGAGGAGAAGAUCAUCCGCACUCUCAAACCUACGUCUCUAACGCCUUCUUCUCCUCGCUUCUCUCUCUCCACUACCUAUUCAACGCUCUCACCUCUGACUUCACCAUCUACAGCAAGCACAGCUGGGUCUUCACUUAACCGAUCUCUGUCAUCGUCGUCGUCGUCGUCAUCAUCAGUAUCUUCAUCAGAUGACCUCCCGCAUCUGAUUGCCUCUAAUAAGUACUAUAGAAAUUGUGUUAACAUACUCAAGAAGGAAGUUUCUGACCAAAAAUCAAAGCUUAAUGAGCUGCGGAGGAAGGUGAGCGAGCAGGAACGAGUAGCACUGGAACAGAACCGCAUCUUGUCAGAGCAGACGGUGAAAUUCACUAGCCAAGAAGGAAAACUCAACGAGGUGAAUCGCAAACUGCUUGAAUACGAUCAGCGGUUUAGUGAGCUUGUAGCGGAGAUGGCACGUAUGAGAGAAGGGUGCAUUGGAGAUCCUAACAGCAGCAGUGUUACUGGCACAAGUUGGGGAAGGGAGGGCAAGAAUCAUCAGUUUUAUGGCUCACAUAAUCUCCCAAGCCCUGCCAUUGGUUCCACUGUCUUUGUAGCAGCCAAUAUGGUGCGGCCAAAUUUGGUUCCAGUUAAUUUAGCCUCUGCUCAACUAUCAUCGCCAGCUUAUGUAACAUCGCCAACAUUGUCAGGAUUCGCCACCGGAGGGAUUUCACUCAGUGAGUCUCCUGCUCCUGAGGCAUCACCCACCUCCCCAGUACAUUCACCGAACAUCGUAAGCUCGUCGAAUACUUUAGAAACAAGCCAGUGUAUGCAAGGAACUGUGUCACAAUCUUCAACAUCAUUGCAAAAUCCCACUCAAGAAGACACGCAGACUGUAGGUAGCUCGGCAUCCUCUUCACAGACCAUUUGUGAGGCAGCAGCUUCUGGUGGUAAGUCACAUGGAAAGAAAUAUAGGAAGAGAAAAUUGUCUGGAGGCAAGGGAACUGAAGAUGCACCACAGUUAAAGUGGAAAAAGAUUUGAACAUGUUAUUGUUAGCUUUGAUGUACAGUUUGUAUAUAACCAUAAGACUGAAAGGAUUAUUAAAAAGGUUCUAAAUGAAUAUAGCAGUGCAAUAGAUGUGCCAUUGCAUAUUCACAGCUGUAGCCAUAAAAAAGAUUAAGUUAAACUACUUUUGAUUAUAAAAAAGGAAAUCAAUUUAAGGUUCCUUUCAUAAGAUACUCUCCUGUAUACCAUAUAUAUAUAUACAGCAUAUGAUACUUCUAUAAGAAGGUACCUCCCGGAAAAACUGGGAUAACUCGCGUGAAGGCACUCGACACGACAGGUGAUAAUGUUAUUGUCUUGGCAAUCUUCUCACGAGUUAACCCACUGCUUUUGAGUUUUAGUUAAAUUAUCAUGCCAUUACCAUGGAAUUGCCAAAAUUUUAUAUUGUGUAUUGUCCUGCUUUGUCUAGCAUGCAAACGGGAUGUUGCAUGCAGAAUAUGUGGUACAAUUACUGAAUAAUUCUGCCAGGUUAGUUUCAUCAUUAAGUAAGUGGAGCGGUUAUGUUGUUGCCUUAUAUUAGUACUGUUUGAAAAUGAUAGCAUGUAAAGGAAACAAUAAAUUACAAGUGCUUUUGGGAACUGCAUAUAUGACAAUAUGGUGAUAAAAGCAUUUUUAUAUAAUGCAUUUGUUUCCAUGCUAGUUAUAGUACACUUGAAUAGUGUGUGAUUUUGCUGCUUGUAUCAAUAUGUGGACUGUGCAAGACUGUUUUAAUGAAGGUGAACAAGUUGAUUUGUGUGUUUAGAUAUCCAAUAUUGGGAAUACUGUAUUGUAGUGACCUCUUUUUCUCUCUCAUUCUUUCUCUCUCUCUUUUUAUCUGGAAUUGUUUAUUUCCAAAUAAUAGCUUAAUAAUUUCUCUACAAUGACUUAAAAUUUUAAACACCAUCAUUUUCAUAACUUUUUUUUUAAAUUGUGCAGUGUAUUUUAACGUUGGCCAUUAUUUUAUCAAAUUUCAUUUUUGAUUGGGAUUUUUAAACCUUGUAUGAUGAUAUGGUAGCAAUUUCUGUGGGAAGCCCACUAUAUCAGUUCGCAUAGCUUCAGGAAGCCUCCGGGGCUCACCCAGAAAAUGGCAUUUCAUUACAUUCAGCGCUGGUUUUAAUUUUAUAUUUUUAGUUUAUUUCUAAUAGUACCUCAGGGAUUUGAGAAAAUAUAAUUGGCUUGGUUAAUACCUUAUACAGUACUAUUAUUCAUGUAUUGUACAGAUUUCUCAGCUUUGCAACCUGCAAAGUUUUCAUAUUCAUAACUAAUAUUUGAUAUAAUGUGAUAUUUUGUAAAAUGUUAUUCCAGAAGUCUCUUCCAAAUUUAUAUGUUAUUCCAGAAGGUUCUUCCAAACUUAUAUGUACUAUAUUUCUUUUAAAUAAUAUCAGAGACUGUUUACCUUGAGGGGGGGGGGAGGGUAUAUAAAGGUAAAGAUUACUUGUUCUCUCCUGAACAAUUUUUGAUCAUCUUAAGAGUGAAGUGCAAUAGUAGUACAACACUGCCUGGAGUUAUAUUGUAAUACUGUAUGUUAAUCAACUACAUUAUCUAGGCCUCAGUGGCCAUUUGUAAUUCUUCCUAGAAAAUUUCAUGUCCUGUCGUACAUUUUAUGUUCACAUUGGAACUUGUUUAUCUAACUCUUAAGACCACUAUGAAGGUAUUUCUUAGGGUAGUGCAUUGAACACUACUCUUUCUCAUUUACCGUAAUGGUCUUCCCUCUUAUCUUCGAUCAAUCAUUAUGUGGACAUCAUCACCAUUUGCUGCAGUGAUGGUAUUUUCUCCCUUCAGCACCAGCUGAGGUUGCAAUUGAUAGUUUUUCAUCCUGAACUACCAGCUGCAUGGCUUCUAGUUUUCUCUAUUGAAGAUUUGUGCCAUAACUUUUACUAAAUAGCAUGUGGUUCCCCAUCUGUAUUUGUUGUGUUAUGGGAGUUCCCCUUUGUAAAGAAGAUAAUACGAAGCUCUUAGGGUUGAUCUUUGAUGUCCGCCUAUCUUUGUUGUUCCCUGUUCUUUACCUUUUGACUGAGUGUUCCAAGGCAAUUUCAUUACUCAAGGUCUUAUCACAUACCUUCUUGGAAGCUGAUAAGACGUUCACUUCUUUAUUUGCACUAUUCUGUAGUCCUGUCUAAACCGAACUAUGGUUGUCCUGUAUAUGCAUCAGUUUCACCCUUCACAGCAUCAUUGUCUUGAUACUUUGCAUCAUAAGGGGGAUGCAUCUUGGCUCUAGUGCCUUUCACUCUUCUUCAGUCAAUUUCUGAAAACCUGUGUUUUGUUCCGUACCUGCAUGAGCAGGUACGAUACCUUAUACCAACAUUAUGAUCGGUAGUGCCGUCGAUAUUACAAAUGGUCCUUUCAACACCACCAUUUUCAUUUCUGCUGCGCCUUGACUGCAAUAUUCUGUUUGAGACCACUUCACUCUCUUUUUUUUUUUUUUUUUACUUUUACUGCCAGGAUGACCCAUUUACUGGAUUCACAAUCACUCCAUACCAGGAAUGUAUCUCACCUGUAUAAUCAUGAAAUGCCUCUUGAACAUUUUCACUGCCACUCUGCUUAUGGAUGGGCCAGAGUCUGUUGAUGACAUUACUUUCUCCAUUAUUUUUCCUGAUCACACUACAUGUACAGACUUUCCCCAGAGACAAAUUUUUUUACAGUGGAGCUGUAUGCAAUUCUGUUAGUAACUUUUGACUGAUUGUUGAUCAAGCAUUAAGAAUAAUAAACGACAUAGUGUUAAGUGUAGACUCUCCCCAUAGCCUUCUAUUACUAUUAGAGGUGGUGGGAAACAGUUCUGGCUAGGCUGUAUAUUAGUAACACAUGCUUAACUCACGGGAACUUAAUGAAACAAAGACCUGCACGUUAAUGUCCGAACUGCAUUGUCUUACUGACAGUCAUGCCCCUCCUGGUAGAAUGUCCCGAUGCUGAUUUUCAGAAUGAUUGGAAUUCUUGUUUUCCCAAUGUCCCUUGGAGUCAUUUAUCCCUCAAUAAAAGCCCUUGUGAAUAAAAAAAAUUUAAAAUGGCUCAUUAUACACUUUUUUUUUUUUUACUCUUAUAUUAACAUCAUGAAUGGUGUUUGGGACUCUUUGGCCACAAACACUACCAAAGUACUGUGCACUGUCUAUGCCACAGGCAGCGCUAAAAAAAAAAAAAAGUUUCGUACUGACCUAUACAUUUUAUUGAGGUACAUCUUGACCUUCCCCCAGGAUGCAACCCAAGCUCUCGGGUACCUAUUUACUGCUAGGUGAACACAGGUAUCAGGUGAAAGGAAGUGUCACCCAAGCACUUCUGUGCUGCAACAGGAAUUUAACCCUGGGUCUUUUGUCUGUGAACCGAUUGCACUGACCAUGCUCUACAGGACCCUGUGAAAUGAUUAUGAUAGAAUGAUGUCUCGGUUGUUACUGGGCCAUGAUGCACUCUGGUGGCAUUUUUUAGGAUGAUAUUAGCACUUUAUUAGGGCUAAGAGGAGAAGACGACUUAGGAAAAUAUUACAAAAGAAAUAAUGGCAGCAGCAUAAAGCUUUGUGUACACAAAUGUCCGACGCCUGGGCAUGCUCUCAGUACAGUAGUCUCAGUUUCAAAUUGUCACCGUAAAAUAUUUCAUACUUCAUUUAUUUAUUUUUCAUGGCAAGAGCAGUUAAAGUUGUUAUAUUCAAAUGGAAUGAAUAAGUCUUGGAAGUAUGUUGUGUAAUAUUUAAAUUUUCAAUAUUUUACCCAAAUGAUUUUAGUGCUGUAACUUUGUGUACAAUAUUUAUUUAUCAGUAUUUACACUGAAAUCAAAUUUAUAAUUGGCCUUUGCUCAGCUCCAGCUUCAGAAACUGCAUUAAUUUCUUGUUUAAACUUUAGUAGGUUUUACUUGAUGUAUAAGUAACCAUACUGUAACAAUAUUUAUUUAGGAAAGUAUAGUACAUAUAUACAAAAUGGAAUACAAGAAGGAUGUUGGAUAUCUAGUAUUUACUACACCUAAAUCCACUGAUACACAGUGUUUUUGGCAUCUGUAUUCAGGCAUAUAUCUGUACACUAAAGAGCAAAUCAUGCUGUAUUUUAAGUUAAUAUUUUUGGGGGUGUAGAAUGGAUUAAUUCAAUUUACAUUAUUUCUCAUGGGAAAAUUCGUUUUGGUUGAUGAAUUUUUGGAUGACGACGUGUCUCUAGGAACGGAUUAUGAUCGUGAACAAAGGUACCACUGUAUAAGAAUCUGAAAAAAUGGGCUUUUCAAAUACAGUAAUUAUGUAAAUUUAAUAUAGUAUACAACUCUAGACAGAUGAUGAGUCACAAUAAAGUGACUUGAAGAUAUGAGAACUAAACCACACAGCAGAAGAUGGGGAGAUGACGACAUUUCGGUCCGUCCUGGACCAUUAUCAAGUCGAUUGUCUUGAUAAUGGUGAAGUCAAUUGAAAUGUCAACUCCUCAUCUUCUGGUAUAUGGUGUAGUUUUCAUUCAUCUAUAGACAUUAUAGUAAAUGGAUAUAACUUUUCUGAAUGACUGAGGCAGAUUAAUUGAUUGACGGAUAAAGAUUAAGCCACCCAAGAGGUGGCACGGGCAUGAACAGCCCGUAAGUAGUAAAAUUUUUGUUCAGUAAAUCUAUAUCGUGUGCUGAGGUCGCAUUCAAUCGUCGGGCUUCUAUCGCGGGGAAGGAUACUGCUCGACAGUAUUUAUGAGGGUGUCCAGCUGCUGGACAUCUCUUUUGACCAGAAGAGUGGCAGUGUUGAUGGCUUCAGGGUGGUUACUGCAAGAUUCAGGGACUCUUAAAGCUCUUCUAAGCUCAUUGGUUGCUUCACAUUCCAGGAGAUAGUGAAGUAGUGGCUUCUCUGUGAUUGUUUGGCAGAAGAUUGGGGCAGAUUACUCCUUGUCUGUUAUAUAUUUAAGUACAGUACUUAUGAGGGAAGUCAGGUGAAAAUGUAUUUUACUGUAACACUACAAAAUUUUCAUAUAAGUGUACUGUACAGUUAUUUUGGAAAUACUAUCAUACUACAAUGGAGAAGUUCUUUUUUUUUUUGGAGACAAUACCGUUGCUGCUAAUAAUAUUUAAUACAUCUUGUUUUUUUUUUUUUUUUUUUUAAUAAUAAGGCAAGUACAGACCAGCUACUUCACUUCUUAUGUUGGUAAACUAUUGUAUAAUAAUAUGCCAGUGUUAAUGAUCUGUCCUCAUCAACCCAAUUUUUAGAGGAAGUAUUUUGCAUAAUGUUAAAAUGAAACCCAUAAAGUUUACUCUUUCUUGUGUUGCUUGUACAUCUCGAACAACUUUUAUUUCUGAUCCAAUACAAAUACACCCACCAUAACUUGAUCUUGACGACCGACUGCCUUGAGGCUUGUCUGCGUACUUGGUGGUUUCACGCUGGAAGUGAUUUCCAAGGUACUGAUUACCUUGUAUCCAUAUACAGUGUUGUACAGUUACUGUGAUAAGUGCAAAGAAUGUUUGUUCUGCAUUUUUAAAUAUUCUGUAAUGUAAUAAUAAUUAAUGAUUAUAUUUAUAAAAUGCAGUUUGUCUUGAUGCAGAGCACUUCAUGUAAUAUAUCUGUAAUGUUGUAUUUAUUAUUGGUGGUAAAUUUAUAAUCCAUAAUUCAUUUUGUGUAAAAUAGUUUACAACGUGCUUUUUUCUGUCGGCUAUAUAUAUCGGUAACUCAGUAGGUGUAGUGCUAGUAGUUGUGAUAGUGUGUAAAUAGUCCAUGUACAGUGGGACUCUGUUAGAGUGUAUGUGCAGUGGAACUUGGUUAGAGUGCAUACUAUUGUUACGUGUCUUUGGAAUGCACACGAGUUAUAUUGGUAGAAAGCUCCAGUAUAACAGCAGAAAACUUAAAUAGAGGUUCUGUAAUUUAGAGAAGCAGAAUUUAUCAAUUGUUUGCAAAAACUAUACAUAAUUUUUUUUAUAUGCUCAAAUUCUAACACUAAUUAGCCAUCCAAGUGGGAAAAGCUUUCUAUGUUAUUAGAUACUUAGAGGCAGUAGAGUGUACACUUUUUUUUUUAAUGGAUUUUAGAUUUAUACUUGCAUCAUGUUUACCACAUACAGUGCAUUCUCCAAAAUCUGAACCUCCAUUUAAUGAAUUUCUGUAACCAACAGAUCAAAUCUGUUUACAGAAUCUCUGAAAUCUGAAUUUGCCAGAAAAUUUUCAGAUUCCAGAGAGUGUCCCGGUGACAUUUAGCAGACCUGACGUUUUCCUUAAUUUUUGCUGUUUUUUGUGCUUUCAUAUCAUUUAAUGGAGGUCAGAGCAGAUGUCAGAAACAUUUUGAAAAUUGUUGAGACUAUCUCUCUUUAAUUAUUAACUGAAACAGGUUCCCAUAUUUCAUGGAAAAUUGUUAGCAGAAGAAAGAGUUUAGGGCAUGGAACAGUAGAUGGACAAAGUUCAUUUGCACAGUUAGGGAAAUCAUAACUUUACCUUGAAAAAAUAAGAUUUAGGGGUUGGGCAUGGGAAAUAAUGUAGGUGAGAAAAUUGCUUUGCAGACAGGCUCUCCUGGUAGAAACCCAACUUACGAGAGCGAAAAUAAAAUUAAGAACAUAAUAAUCAAGGAAACUGCUGACAACAUAUUGACUCAUAUGUGGCAGCUACUAUUUAUAUCCACCUAAACUCAUUCAUACAUGUGUCCAACUUGGGCUUUGUUCUGUCAGUCAUUCCAUAACAAUGUAUAAUUUUGUUAAUAAUUGGUAAUAUCCUGUAAACUACUAUUUUUUUUUACUAGUGCAAAAUAAAGUGCAAUGUUAACGUUGAGCAAGUUUAUUUUUAUGUUAGGACUGUACACGUUUUAUGAAAACGACUUAAUUAUAAGCAUAUCCUGACUAUAUCCAGUAGCAAGAACAGUUCAUGGCACAAAGUGCUGUCUUAAGACUUUGAAUGCAAAGUUGGUGUAAUGUGGAUUGUACAUGUUCAUGUUUUGCAGUGCAUUCAUUAGUUAAUUUGCAUUUGUUAUACAGGAUCUAAGGUUGUAGUAACACACCCACCUUUGUUUUUGUUUUUUUGGCCAUUUUUUAUAUAACUUUCUUACAAUAUUAUAGCCUGACUACAAUCAAAUAAAAAUAAAUUUAU